CAACCCUGUGCUAAGGAAUGAUUUUUCAGUUCGUACUGUACAUGCGCACUGUACACAUUUGACGUUUGUCAAGCAGCAACAAACACAUCAGCUGUUUACAAGCGUUUUGUGAGUUUUCAUUGUUUGCCGGAAUAGUAUUUGUGAAAAUUUUGCGAAAUUUAAUUUGUGUAAAGCGUAUAAAAUAUAAAAUCCAAAAAUGACGCAAGAUAUAUUAAUGAAAAACGAUGAGCCCACGACUCCUACAAACGAUGCCUCUCGCAAUCAGCUCAACCAGUAUUGUGCUACAGCGAAAGCUGCGUCAGGUACUCAACUUCUGGAUGUUGUCCGUCAAGUUUUGGAGGCACCAGCAAUUUAUGUAUUUGGGGAACUGCUUGCUUUGCCCAAUGUGCAAGAGUUAAAGAAUGGUCCAAAUGAAAAAUACUUCAAUACCCUGAAUCUCUUCGCAUAUGGUACUUACAAACAAUAUCGUCAAAAGCCUGACGACUAUUUGGAUUUGACCCCGACAAUGCAAAAAAAAUUACAACAUUUAACAAUAGUCACUUUGGCCAUUAAAAAUAAAUGUAUCCCCUAUGAAGUGCUGUUGGAAGAGCUGGAAAUCAAUAAUGUGCGUCAUUUGGAAGAUGUCAUCAUAGAAGCAAUCUAUGCAGACAUAAUUCACGGCAAACUUUUCCAAAAUAACCGUUUUCUCGAAAUCGAUUACGCUCAAGGUCGCGACAUACCGCCAGGCUACACCACCAAAAUCGCUGAAACUCUAGAGCAGUGGGUGGAGUCCUGUAAUACCAUCUCCAAUUGCAUUGAUGGGCAGAUAACACGCGCCAACUAUGAGAAGGCCAAGAGCUUGAAGAACAAGGAACACAUUGAAGAGGAGAUAAUUAAUUUGAAGAAAGUUUUGAAGACACAAAUCAGCGACAACGAUGAUGCUAUGCAAAUCGAUACACGCGAAUCAUCCAGCAUGGAUAUCCGUCGCAAGCCAUUCAAGACGAAAGGUGGCCGUCUACACAACCCCAGUUUGGGUAAGUUAACAGGCAUGGCGGCAUCCACGUCAGCCCCGAACGCAGGUGGCAAUGUGGUGGUGGUCAGUGCGGCAAGUGAUGCUGCCAAUGUUACUAUGGCAGCAGCGAAUAGCAGCAGCAGCGGCACCUCCUGGCUAAAAUCGUUCACACAAAGUUUCGACAAGGAAUAGCUGCGGUGAAGCUGAAAGACACGCAUAAAAAGCUGCAAAUAAAAUCAACUCUUCUCCACCCACCACCAGUAAUAAUAAUAUUCCCGCUUAACGAUCAAACGUUCGUCAGUAGCGCGUGUGCACCGUCAACGAGCGUUUUCGAGACGACUAGACAAGUGAAGCGCAUACAGAGUGGGAGAGAGAGAAGGCGAACUUGACAGCAGCACAUCACACAGUUUCAUUUAAUUAAGCGGCUUCAUUUUAAUUUUGUUAUUUUGUUGGUAGAAAGUUUUUAAUUGUUUACCUAGGCGGCGUGCGGUGAUUACAUUCAUUUUCAUUUCCCUUCUUGCUUCUCAAACUCACUUUUGAUUUUCGUUCGUGAAGUGUGCAAAGAACUUGAGUGAAAAUGUGUUUUGUUUCUUUAGGAAAUCACUUUGUUUAGCUUGGCUUCGUUUACUCGUUCACGUCGAGUGUUAUAAGCUGAACUUUGUUAUUUGGCAAGACAUGUUGACUGCAUUGGCUUGACAAUUUCAACGGCUGCAAAGUGUUAAUGUUAGAUAAAUGUUAAACAUGUCGCUUUACUUAUACUCACAAACAUAUUUACUAACAGCGCUAUCAAUUGUAUUUCCAUCUAAUUUGAGUUUUUCUUUUCUCAUUUACUUUUCGGUUAACGCACAACCCCUUGCGAUUAAUCCUAAUGCCAUCCUCUUC